CAAUCCUUAAGGCUUGUCCUUGUACGAAUCGUGGAACGGCUUUACAUUCGGACUGCUGAAGAACUGUUUGGAGAUAUAUAUAUAUGUAUGUUUUUUCUGUAUUAUUUGUAUUCUCACAUCUGGAAGCCAAAUGUCAUCUGCUAGAUCAGUGCUGUCGCUGUCCAAGGUGUUGUGGUCGCAGCCCUGGGCCGGACUAAAGGGCAACACGGUCAGUGUGAUAAGGCCAGUAAUAUGCAGCAGGAGAGAGAAGUCCUCCUACACUCCCCCUCCUGCAAAGUACGGAGGCCGGCACACAGUAACGCUGAUCCCUGGAGAUGGUAUUGGACCUGAACUUCUGAGCCACGCCCGAGAACUUUUCAGGUUCUGCUGUGUCCCUGUGGAUUUCGAGGUGGUGAGCGUGGAUUCGACGGCAACAUCAGAGGAUGACAUUAAUAAUGCUGUCACAGCUAUCAGACGCAAUGGAGUUGCACUGAAGGGUAAUAUAGAGACCAAUCACAGACUUCCACCCUCUCACAAGUCCAGGAACAACUUGCUACGCACAUCCCUGGACCUGUAUGCUAAUGUGAUGCACUGCCAGACUCUCCCUGGCGUCCAAACUCGGCACAAGGACAUAGAUAUCAUCAUCAUCAGAGAGAAUACAGAAGGAGAGUACAGCAGCUUAGAGCAUGAGAACGUCCCAGGAGUUGUGGAGUGUUUGAAGAUCAUCACUCAGAUGAACUCCUUGCGGAUCGCUGAGUAUGCCUUCAAACUCGCCCGAGAAAAAGGUCGCCGCAGGGUCACUGCUGUACAUAAAGCCAACAUCAUGAAGCUGGGCGAUGGUCUCUUCCUGCAGUGCUGUAAGGAGGUAGCAGCCGGAUAUCCAGAUAUUACUUUUGACAACAUGAUUGUGGAUAACACCACCAUGCAGCUUGUCUCCAAGCCCCAACAGUUCGAUGUGAUGGUAAUGCCAAACCUCUAUGGUAAUGUGGUCAGCAAUGUGUGUGCUGGACUCGUGGGUGGCCCAGGUUUAGUUCCAGGGGCCAACUAUGGCAAAGACUACGCUGUUUUUGAAACAGUAAGGAAGGGAAUCACACUUUACACUUCAACUAUUGGUAAAAGAGCUAUUAGAAAAAUUCCAGACAUUCUCAUCAUUUUUGUGCUUUGUGCCGCAGGCCACAAGGAACACUGGGAAAAGCAUUGCAAACAGGAACAUUGCAAACCCCACAGCUACACUGUUGGCCAGCUGCCUCAUGCUGGAUCACUUAAAGUGUGUGAAGCGAAGUCGGAUUUAGCGUCCUCUGCUGAUUUAAAGAUGCAGUUUGUAAUGAUUCAAAACUAUUUCUCAAACUAUAACAACAACAACAGCAAGUGUUGCCAGGCAAAACAAACCUCGCCCGGUAGGACUUAUGAUGAAGAUAAAGGAAGAUAUUGUGAAAAAAAUAGACUUCAUGAGUAUGCCAGUAUAAUUCGAAAAGCAGUCCUUACAACUUUAUCUGAGACUCAGUUACACACAGCUGACCUGGGGGGUCAGGGCACGACGUCUGAGGUGGUACAAGCCAUAAUGCAGGAGGUUCAGAGGAGCAAACUGCAUAUCUCCAAGCCCAUGUGAACAACCAUGAAACCUAAACAUCAGGUAGAAGUCUUCAAUCAGUAUAUCCUGCAGAACUGAGUGAAGCUCAUGUGUGUAUGUGUUCAGUUUUGUGUGUGUGUGUGUGUCUUUACAACUUUAAGCUAUAACAUUUUUAUUUAAACUGCUUUCCAUCUGUUACAUGUAGGUUAAUAUGUGAAAACUGUGACAGUGAUUAAUCAUUAGCAGUGAGUGGACAGGUUAUUCAUUUUGAAAUAUCCAGAGUAUACUUGAAAAAACUCAUGAUGCAUUUGACUUAACACGAAAGGUGGAAGUUGAAACUUAAAGUUACAUCAUUUUGACCUCUUUGCAUUUAAGCUACAAAGUGUUGUAGAAACAUGGACUCCUCAAGGUUCGUCUUUUGUUUGCAAAAAUCCAGCAAACUAACUUUGAAGAGUGAUGUAUUUAAGCAGGCGGCACGGUGGUGUAGUGGUUAGCACUGUCACCUCACAGCAAGAAGGUUUUGUGUUCGAGCCCAGUGGCUGACGGAGGCCUUUCUGAGUGGAGGUUUCCUCCGGGUGCUCCGGUUUCCCCCACAGUCUAAAGACAUGCAGGUUAGGCUAAUUGGUGACUCUAAAUUGAAUGUGAGUGUGAAUGGUUGUGUGUCUCUAUGUGUCAGCCCUGCGAUGACGUGGUGACUUGUCCAGGGUGUACCCCACCUCUCGCUCAUAGUCAGCUGGGAUAGGCUCCAGCUCGCCUGGGACCCUGCACAGGAUAAGUGGUUACAGAUAAUGGAUGGAUGGAUAUAAGCUAUAUCAUUUGUAUUAAAGUACAUAAUUACUUCCUGUAUAGCCAGUGUUAUAGAUUUAACAUACUAAUAUACGUAUAUGUUGAUUGUUCUAUGGUGAAUACUUGUGUAUACAGUAUGAUUCAUUUAAAACUAAAGAAGCGCUCCUUUACUUAUUGUUGAUGUUGUGAGCAGCCAUGUUGAUUUGCUGUCACAUGUUGAAUUCCCUUUCUUUCCAAGUAGGUAUUCUGAGUCGAGAGGACGUUUCAUUUGUUCUUUGUUCCUAGUCGAAGGUACAAGUUACAGGAUUUAUUGAAACACAACAUAAAAUCAAACACAUCAGGAGUGACCAUUUUUAGCAAAACACAGACACUGUUAAAUACACCAAGUGUAAAACUAACAUUCAGUAUGAACCUAAAUACAUAUUCAACACACUGAGGCAUGGAAUAUGGAAAGACAUCUGCUCCAAGCACUCUUGCACCUUCAACAGGAUAUGAAAGGGAUUCAUGGACACCCAUAUGUCUGUACAUUUUCUACAAAUGUCCCAUAUUUUACUUUUACACAGCACCAUAAAACACUUGGCUAAAGUAUGUGGGUGAUGGAUACUGGCUGAGUUUCUGUGCAGAAUAUAUUUCUCUUAAAUGUCCAGGGAUAUUAAAGUUACUGACUUGAGUUAUCCGGAUUUUUUUAACACUUCCUCUGGCAGCAGAGCAAUCUGAGGUUUAUUGUUAGGUUUAUUAUAGAUACAUGGAACACAGAGUUCUUAACUUGUUGCAUGAUUUAUGUGUAAGCUGUUCUCUUGGCAUACUGUAAUGGUGUUUUCGUUCUAGAUCAACAAACACUGCAAUCCAUGAACAUGGUUAACACUCCAACAUUAAUGAAUCUUUCAGAAAUGUACUUUGUACCUAAAGUGCUUAGGGUGAAGACCUAAUGGUUAGAGAAACAGUUUGGGGAACAAAAGGUUGCUAGUUUGAUUCCCUAAACCAGCAGGAAUGGAUAAAGUGCCCUUGAGCAAGGCACCUAACCUCCAACCACUCCCCAGGCUGCUCUGGGCAUGUUGUACGUCACUCUGGAGACGAGUGUCUGCGAAAUGCCUGUAAUGUAAUGUAAAUGCUUGGGUUUGCUACAUGGGAUCAUUACACAAGCAGAAGUAAACUUGGAAAGAAAAAACUAAAACCAGUUACUGUGAUGAGUGCUGUUUCCUGUAUAUGGAUUUCAGAUACACUGUGAUAUCUGUCUUCUCUUCUUUUUUUUUUUAAACAUAAUACUGUUACUGAAAACCAAUGCUCAUUGUGGGUUAAGGUUCAGGAAAAUACAUAAACGCUCCUGUCAGGAAUCUGUAGUAGUAAUAGCAUACAGAGAUGUUUAUCAUUUUUUUAAUGAAUGUAGCACUGUGGAUAAAGUAUAAGCCAGUGAGAU